AUGAGGCUGUGGCAGUGGGCGCAGGUGUGGAUGUGGCUGGCUGGGCUGGGGACCGUAGAAUCAGCACCCAUCCUGGAGAAUGCCAAGGCCUUGGCCCGGGGAGCAGAGUCUCCACUCUUCCUAGACAGACCUGACUUCUUUGAUUACCCAGACUCGGACCAAGCCAGCCUCCUGGCCCUGGCCCAGUUCAUUGGAGAGAGACCUGUCAUCUUUGUUAACUCAGGUUCUGACUCCAUGCUCUUCCAUCACAUCCUGGUGGGCGCUCUGGUGGUGGCCUUCAUCUUCCUGCUUUUCCAGUUCUGCACACACAUGUAA